UAUGCAUAGAAGGUAUGAGUCCUUUUGGUGGAGGAAUGCUUGUCACCUACUCCCUCUUUAGUUCCCCAUACUCCUCUCUACUCCUCUUGCUCUUCUACUUCCACUUCCACACACACUCUACAGCCUUGUCUUUGGAGCCAUGGAGAGACAGCUGCACCAGUGUCAACUCUGUACUCGAAGCUUCAUCAAUGGCAAAGCUCUAGGAGGCCACAUGAGGUCUCAUCUCUUUCCUCUGCCACUCCCUCCAAAGGAUCCUCAACCUCAAGACAGAGAGAGUGAGACCGAGUCAAGAAACCCAACUCGGAAAAGAUCCAUCCGGACUCGAAGAACCAUCAAGGUGGUAGAGCUUGAAAGCAUCUCCAAGAAGCCUAGUUCAACUGAGUCCGGGCCCGAGUUGGAAGUGGUCAGCUCAGUCUGUGAUGACACUACUAGUGACUGUUUCGAAGAUGAAGAAGACGUGGCGUCAUGCUUGAUGAUGAUGGCUCGAGAUAAGUGGAGGUUCAACUCAGUGAGUCAGACUCGGGAGAGAUACCAAUGUGAGAGCUGUAGCAAAGUGUUUGGAUCGUUUCAAGCACUGGGUGGGCACAGAACGAGUCACAAGAAAGUCAAGAAGCGGCUAGAUGAUGGGGAAAAGUCAUUGGAGGAGAAACCAAGGAAAAAAAUGAUUGGCAAUAAAAAUGUGGUUAAAAAAUUAAUGCAUGAGUGUCCGGUUUGUUUUAAAGUGUUCGGGUCGGGUCAAGCUCUUGGUGGGCACAAGAGAUCACACUUCUUGGGUUCUUCAUCAACCAGUGCUUCAACAACUUCAUCAACUAGUCCUACUAAGCAUCCACUACUUGAUGAUGAAGAACAUGGUAAGAAUGAAAAUGAAAACUUUAGGUUCAGUUUCAUAGAUCUUAACUUGCCAGCUCCAAUGGAAUUUGAAGACUCCAGCCCACUUGAGCCUCUGCAUUUAGUAUAAUAUAUAUUAACACUCAAGCCCACUUAGGUGAUUUGGGUGAGUUAGUCAAGUGAUUGUUGUUUUGUUUGUUUAAAUUUUAGCUAAUUAUGGACAUUGGUAAUUUGAAGUUAAACUGAAUUGUAAGGCAAUGAUGAAUGAAUGAGUUGCAGGCUUUGGAA